GAGGAAGGAGCGAGCGAGAGGGCCGGCCCCGGGCGGGACGGCAGCCGGACGGGCCGCGGCGGCGGAGGGGCUCCUCGGGCCCGAGCCGCCCGUGACGCCGGAGGGGAACAUGUUCAACGUCGAGUCGCUGGAACGGGUGGAGCUGUGCGAGAGCCUCCUCACUUGGAUUCAGACGUUUAAUGUGGAAGCGCCAUGCCAGACUGUGGAAGAUUUAACGAGUGGGGUUGUGAUGGCCCUGGUACUUCAAAAGAUAGAUCCGGCGUAUUUUGAUGAAAAUUGGCUGAACAGGAUCAAAACUGAAGUUGGAGACAAUUGGAGGCUAAAGAUAAGCAACUUAAAGAAAAUUUUAAAAGGAAUUCUGGAUUAUAAUCAUGAGAUUUUAGGGCAGCAGAUAAAUGACUUCAUCCUUCCCGAUGUUAAUCUGAUUGGGGAAAACUCAGAUGCUGCUGAACUUGGAAGGAUGCUUCAGCUCAUUUUGGGGUGUGCUGUGAACUGUGAACAGAAGCAAGAGUACAUCCAAGCCAUUAUGAUGAUGGAAGAGUCUGUUCAGCAUGUUGUCAUGACAGCCAUUCAAGAGCUGAUGAGUAAAGAGUCACCAGUCUCUGCUGGAAAUGAUGCUUACGUUGACCUUGACCGUCAGUUGAAGAAAACCACAGAAGAGCUAAAUGAAGCUUUAGCAGCCAAAGAAGAAAUUGCUCAGAGAUGUCAUGAAUUAGAUAUGCAGGUUGCAGCAUUACAAGAAGAAAAAAGUAGUUUACUAGCAGAGAAUCAGGUAUUAAUGGAAAGACUAAACCAGUCUGAUUCUAUAGAAGACCCUAACAGCCCUGCGGGUCGGAGGCAUCUGCAGCUACAGACUCAGUUGGAGCAGCUCCAAGAGGAAACAUUCAGAUUAGAAGCAGCAAAAGAUGAUUAUCGAAUACGUUGUGAAGAGUUGGAAAAGGAAAUUGCGGAACUGCGACAACAAAACGAAGAACUGACAACUUUGGCAGAUGAAGCUCAGUCUCUGAAAGACGAGAUAGAUGUACUUAGGCAUUCUUCAGAUAAAGUGGCUAAGCUGGAAGGUCAAGUGGAAUCGUAUAAAAAAAAGCUGGAAGACCUUGGUGAUUUGAGGAGGCAGGUGAAACUCUUAGAAGAGAAGAACACAAUGUACAUGCAGAAUACUGUAAGUCUGGAAGAGGAGCUAAGAAAAGCCAAUGCAGCACGCAGUCAGCUUGAAACAUAUAAGAGACAGGUAGUAGAAUUACAGAAUAGAUUGUCUGAGGAAUCUAAGAAAGCAGAUAAAUUGGAUUUUGAAUAUAAACGGCUAAAAGAAAAGGUUGACAGUCUUCAAAAAGAAAAGGAUAGGUUAAGAACAGAAAGAGAUUCUCUUAAGGAAACUAUUGAAGAACUUCGAUGUGUACAGGCCCAAGAAGGGCAGCUCACUUCUCAAGGACUGAUGCCCCUAGGAAGUCAGGAAUCAUCCGAUAGUCUAGCUGCAGAAAUUGUUACACCUGAAAUCAAGGAGAAACUUAUCCGUCUUCAGCAUGAGAAUAAGAUGUUGAAACUUAACCAGGAGGGUUCUGAUAAUGAAAGGAUUGCCUUAUUACAGAGUCUACUUGAUGAUGCAAAUCUACGAAAGAAUGAAUUGGAGACCGAAAAUAGGCUGGUGAAUCAGAGACUUCUAGAGGUUCAAUCUCAAGUUGAAGAACUGCAGAAAUCCUUACAGGAGCAAGGUUCUAAAACAGAAGAUGCUAUUUCAGUUCUUCUGAAAAAGAAGCUUGAAGAGCAUCUUGAGAAACUCCAUGAAGCCAACAAUGAAUUGCAGAAGAAACGAGCUAUUAUUGAAGAUCUGGAGCCAAGAUAUAACAAUAGCUCAUUAAAAAUUGAAGAAUUACAAGAAUCAUUACGGAAGAAAGAAGAGGAAAUGAAGCAAAUGGAAGAGCGGUAUAAGAAGUAUUUAGAGAAGGCCAAGAGUGUUAUCCGUACUUUAGAUCCUAAACAGAAUCAAGGAGCAGCUCCUGAAGUACAGGCCCUGAAGAAUCAACUCCAGGAACGGGACCGAAUGUUUCAUUCAUUAGAGAAAGAAUAUGAGAAAACAAAAAGUCAAAGAGAGAUGGAGGAGAAAUUUAUUGUCAGUGCCUGGUAUAAUAUGGGAAUGACCCUACAUAAAAAAGCAGCCGAAGAUAGACUCGCUAGUACGGGUUCGGGGCAGUCCUUCCUGGCUCGGCAAAGGCAGGCCACCAGCACCAGGAGAUCCUAUCCCGGCCACGUACAGCCGGCCACGGCCAGGUAGAGAAGACUUGCUGAUAGAAAAAUAACCACCGAGGGUUCGUGGCGUACUUCUGGUGCAUGUAACAACAUUUCAGGAAACCCAGCCAGCUUUGUGUCUCUCUGCCCCAUGUUUAAUACUCAGUUAUUUUGCAUUUCAGGAAAUUUUUUUUCCUAUAACAUAUCUGUAAUAUGUCAGUUCCUUUUGGUCUUAUUUUUGGAGUCUUUUGAUGCCUUUUAACGUGCCAAAAUUUUAAAGAUGCCCGAGGGAGAGCGUUGGCAUCUCUUACCUGAGACCCAAUGAUGUAGGCUUUGUAUCGAAAUUAAAUCUCCUGUUGAUAGUUUAUACAAUUUCUAUUUAUUGUGCCUCUCUGUUGCCAUGCUUUAGAAGAAUUUCUUUGUUUAAAGGGAAUUAGUCUUUUUAUGAUGUAACAAACUGUUUUACUCUGGAAAAAAAGCCCUUUACAGUUAGGUGUGAUUACUGCAUAAAACCACUGCUAAAGGUUUUUUGAAAAGACUUAAAUUCAUUGGCUGAGGACCUUACCUAGAUCUUAUCUGUGGCACCUGAUUGAAUUAUUCUGAGGAAAGUGAGUUUCCUCCUUCAUGAUCUGGUUCCUCUGUUAAUAUUAAGCAUUAAUAAUGAAGCAGAAUGACUUUGGAGACUUAAGAUUGUUCUUUGGUAUUUUUUAAAAACAAAUAUAAUUUCAUGUAUUUCCUUAUCUAUUGUUUGCUGGCAGAAGUAAAUGUUUAUCAUAACAGAUAUCAAAAACAAAAAAACCACCCCAAGAAGCGUGGCUUUUUUUGAUUGUCGCAUCGUACGUUUUAAUGAAGGCAUUUAUUUAACUGUUUACUAAUUUUGGAAUACCGCAGUUGCUGGGGUUCACUCACUAAGUAAGAAGCGGCUGUUGACGCUAAUUUCAAUUAUUCUCUAUGACUAAAGGAUCUUUAUAGAUAUUUUGGUGAGAAUUGUUUUACCUUUUAAGCAAUUUUGGUUGCUCAUGGUGUUAUCAGUAUCCCUAACAUGUUAAUGAGCCCCUUUCCUUGGGUCAGUUGGUAGGUGGGUGGCCUCCUCUGUUAAUAUCCUUAAAAGGUUUUUUUAUCAGUGAAGAGCUUUAUAUGCUUCAUGUAUAUUUUGUGCCAUUCUACUUUUUCAGAGGAAAAAGAUACCUUUCCCAUAAUUCAUUUGAGUCUACCAAUCUAGGAUCUUGUUUUUUUAGGUUUCUCACUAUACUCACAUCCACCCAAAAAGUGCUUACAUUCGUGACAAACAGAUUGUAAUACAUAAUUGCUAACAAGAACUACUGAUUGUAAGUCUCUAUGAUUGUAAGGCACAUUGGCUGAGGUGCUAUAAUUUAAGUACAUGGUCAUAUCAUUAUAAAAGUAUAUGCAUAAAAUCAGCUCUUCCAUGUAAAAUUGUUUGAAAUUAAUUUAAAUUCAGCUGCAUUAUUGUAAACAGUUGCAUUCUUCAGGAUGACUCAUUUUGAUGAAUAUAUGUAUGGCAAAAUGUCUAUACAGGGAGUGAUUUUAAGAGGUCCACCCAGUAUAAAAAUCCAAUUUUCGGACGUUCAUGUUAAUAGAUUGGAUAUUUUGGGCACGCCACAUAUCAGCCCAAAAUACAAAUGUGUCUGAGAUUACAUCCAAAUACCAUAAAAUCCAGCUGAUCUAGAGACAAACCCCACAAACCCAAGUUAUUUGAAAAUGCUUGUUUAAUUUUAUCAUUUAAUUGAUUAAUCCCAAUUUGGAUUUUUUUUAAAAGAAUUCAAAUAAUUUAUUUAUAUCAUAAUGUUCUCUUUAAUGUAUAAUACGCCUUAUAAAAUUUGUGAGCAUUGAAAGCGAUUGUCUGUCCUGUGAUCCUAUACAUAAAAAUGAAGUGGUUUUCAGUGUAUAUAGAAUACUGAAUCAUUGAAUUUGAGCUCUGACUUCUCCAACCUGUACCCAAACCUUAGAAAUAUUGACUAGUAGUAUCUUUUUUUUCUCUUAGUAGUCUGGUUUAGAAAAUUUCCUCCCAACUGAAUCUAGACAUGAUUGUUUUUUGUGUAUAUUUGUCCUUCUUCCUGACCCUGACCCAGAUUCUUUUUGGCUUUUCUGCUAAGAACCUGGGAGUGGCGUGAAACAGAGUUGAUUGGUAGUAAUUUGAUCUGGGUCUGCCACGCAUAGCAUUCUAGAUUGCUUAGAAGAUCAAUGCUCUAUCUUUAUUAAAUGCCUGGUAUUCCUAUGUGAAAAAUGGUUUUCUUGGAAUAGAGGCUUACCACUCUUUCCAGAAAUAAUCCAUUGAAUUUACCUGACUCCAAAAGUGAUUAUAAAUAAGCAUUUUAGAGUGAGGAUGUGAAUGUAUCUAGCACAGAUUUGAUUCCAGGUUAAAAUAGUCAAUAAUUAAAAUUUUUGUAAAGAUAUGACCUGGACAACAUAUUUAAAGUGCUUUUAGGUAAAGGGUAAUGUGGGCUGCUUUGUGAAAGGAAUGUGAAUAUUGAGUAGUUUGAGUUUAAUCUUGGUUUUCAAGUAAUUGUCCCCUUCCCUUCCCUUCCCUUCUAAAACUUUUAAAUUGAGUUGGAAAGACUCCAAACCUGUUGGGAGGAAUUUUAUUACUGAUUUUCCUUGGAAACUUUGGUAUGCUUUGCUUUUGUAUUUACAGAUAUAACUUUGACAUGUCAUGAAUGUACUUAGUUCACUACAUCACAUCAUAUCUAUAAAAUCCACUGCAGUAUUUGAAAGAAAUUCUGCUUUAUAAAAUUUGGUGUAAAUAAACCCCCCCAAAACACAGGAUUUAAGAACAUGAAAAAGAGCCAGGAUUCUAAAUCUUCUUUCUGUCAGGCUUGCUCCCCCCAGCUCCUUCCCUGGAGAAGACCAUUAGACUUUCUCUGUCAAUUUCCUAUCCUAUGAAAUGUAAUUAAUAAUCUCUUAUUAGUAGUUUGUAAAUAGGCUCACACAGUAUGUAUAAAUGCUUCACUAAGUAUAAUUAUCUUUGUUUUUUAGAAAUUCCAUUAGUUCAUGAUGUCUACCUGAAGUCAUUGAUUUUUUUUUUUAAGGAGCAAUUCUGGUAGAAAAAAGACAGUAUUAUAUUUGGGGAGGGGUGGACUGUUUAGGGCAGGUGACUGAAUUAUUCAGAGAUCCUAUUUUCAUCCGUGGAACUAGAAAAUAAAAAGGAACAUAAAAAUGGAAAUCAAAAUCAUUCAUACGAAAUUAGGUUUCUCUAUGAAAUAUUUUUCCAACUCUUUUUUCCAGAAUGUUUUCAUGAAAAUCAGGAGCUCUUAAAGGAAAGCAUGCAAGAAAAUCAGUUAAUGUCAUCUUAUGUGUGAAUAAUAUCCAAGCUAUGCAUAUUUGUUUAACCAUUUUGAGAAAUCCGGUUUCACCUUUAUCCUUGUGAAGUCGAUCACUUUUAAGCAUGAUGUAGCUCUUUUUGGAGAAAUGGGCUCAACAUAGGCUAAUGCUCAUUACCAUCUUUACUGUUAGCUACACGCACAACCUAUUAAGAUUGAUUAAAUGAAAUGAUAAUAAGGAUAUUGUUGUCCUUUAAAAAGGGGGAAAAUCUUUCAAGAAUUAGGAACAUUUCAUUUGUGAAAUUCUUGUCCUUUAAAUUCGUGGGGGUUCAUUUUCUGGCUUGUUUCUCCUGCGAUCCUGAAAUCCCAUCCUCGUCAUAGAAUACUUAAUGAGUGUCUGCUUGAUGUAUGGCACUUUUAUAGGGUGCUACUAGUCUUUCUCAUGGAAAGAGUUAUAAAAGGAAAUUGGAGUGGGAGCUUUGUUACCAGGAAUUCUCAUAUCUCAAGUUGUGAGUACUUCAUUGCAUGGAAAUGGCCUCUCUUAGAGUAUAUUUUUAUUUCCUGGCAGAUCUGCUUCUGCGCCAUCGUAGCUCCUACUUCUCUCUUGGAGGGUGCUACGUAGAAUGAACAAGAAUAAGACGUUAUUAACUUGAAACUGUCCAGAAAUCCUGAAGAAAUACAAAUGCAUCACUUGUUCCUUUCCCAGGUGGUUAUUCACCUAUCAUGUGGAUGUUGACAUGAUGGAAAUAUGUAAUCCCAGAAUGAGACACAUUCUGGAACACAAGCCCUUACCUUAAAAAUAUGCUUAAAGCUAUUCGAAUCACAUAAAACCGCUCACAGACUACCUCCAGGUGUGUCAUAAACUUGCUCACCCUCACGUGAAAUCUGAAUCCUCUCACCCUUAUCUGAAGUCUCUGAAAUGGAUUCAGGUUUUGGUCAGAAACCACCACCCAGGCAGGCUGAAAUUUAGCAAAAUAUCAGCGGAAUAGUUUUGUCUUGGAAACCUUAAAGAAGGGGGUGAUCUUUUUUUUUCAGGGAUUAAAAAAGAAUGACUAUUCAAAUCAGACAGACUUAUCUUUAGAUGCUUUUUCACUAAACUAUGGGGAGAAGUUUGGGGAUUUGGAUAGCUGUAUUGUAAGGGUGUUUUCAUUAGAAACUGCCAUUUUACUGAUGUAGCAUUGUUCUCUCAACAAUAAGCCCAUCUUGACAUUAUAAAGAAGGAUUUAGGGAGUUCCUGAGUAAUUUGGAGGAAUAACCCUUAAUGUAAGCUAUAUUAUUUUUCCACUUUGUGAAGGUGAAAAAUUAGUGGACAAAGGUAGGACAGUGAACUUUCCUUGUUUUCCCACACAGUAAACGUAUCUGUUUCCUAUUGAGCAUUAAGAAAUUGUCAAGAUGGCAGCUUAUUUGGUUGUUAACCCUAUUUUCUUAUAUAAAACACUUUUUUAGAGAUUUACUCUUCUUUGUAAUUAUAGUGAUUAUAUUCUAUUUUAUAUUAUAGGACUGUUUGACUGUCUAGGGAAGAAAUUCUGAAUGUGUCUGUCUUCUAAUUUUUGACUUUCUAUAAAGCAUAUUUAAAUAAUC